GGAGGAGGCCGAGGCUAAACGUAGGGCUGAGGAGGAGGCCGAGGCUAAACGUAGGGCUGAGGAGGAGGCUGAAGCUAAGUGUAAGGCUGAGGAGGAGGCCGAGGCUAAGCGUAAGGCUGCGGAGGAGGCCGAGGCUAAGCGUAGGGCUGAGGAAGAGUCCGAGGCUAAACGUAGGGCUGAGAAGGAGGCCGAGGCCAAACGUAGGGCUGAGGAGGAGGCUGAGGCUAAGCGUAAGGCUCAGGAAGAGGCUGAGGCUAGGCGUAAGGUUGAGGAGGAGGCUGAGGCUAAACGUAGGACUGAGGANGGCUGAGGAGGAGGCCGAGGCUAAGCGUAAGGCUGCGGAGGAGGCCGAGGCUAAACGUAGGGCUGAGGAGGAGGCCGAGGCUAAACGUAGGGCUGAGGAGGAGGCCGAGGCUAAACGUAGGGCUGAGGAGGAGGCUGAGGCUAAGUGUAAGGCUGAGGAAGAGGCUGAGGCUAGGCGUAGGGUUGAGGAGGAGGCUGAGGCUGAACGUAGGGCUGAGGAGGAGGCCGAGGCUAAGCGUAAGGCUGCGGAGGAGGCCGAGGCUAAAUGUAGGGCUGAGGAGGAGGCCGAGGCCAAACGUAAGGCUCAGGAGGAGGCUGAGGCUAAACGUAGGGCUAAGGAGGAGGCCGAGGCUAAAUGCAGGGCUGAAGAAGCUGAGGCUGGUCGAAAAGCCGAAGAGCUUGCUUCCAGGGUUCUUGAGUGUAGAAGAGCGAAGGAAUCUUCCAGUGCUGCGUUGAAUAGUUUUACCGAUCUCCUUAUAUC